UUCAGUCAUAUCAUCAUUUAAAAUUUCAAAUACAAAGCAACAAAUCAAUUGUUCAUCAUCAUCAUCAUCAGCAGCAAAAUAAAUCCGAAUCCGAAUUUCUUUUAUUAUUCUUCAAAAUGAAAAAAGUUUAUAAUCUGCGAAAUAAUAAUCGAUCAGCAUCACCGGCCAUUUCUGGACUUCCAAAUAUAAAUAAUAGCGAUCAAAUAAUUAACGGUUCAUCAUCAUCAUCAUCAUUAUCAUCGACAACAAUAUCAACAUUGCCAAAAAUGUCAUCAUCUGGACAUCGUAAAUAUAAAAAUGUUGGUUCCGAUGCUCAAGAACUUCGCCGUCGUCGUGAAGAAGAAGGUAUUCAAUUACGUAAACAAAAACGUGAAACAGAAUUAUCUAAACGACGAAAUAUUGUCGAUCAAUCUGUAACAUUGGAUGGCAAUGAUACCGGUAUUACUGAUGAUAUGGUUAGAAAUGUAUCUGUUGAUGAUCUGGAAAAGAAUCUUGAUGCUACACAAAAAUUCCGUAAAAUAUUAUCGAAAGAACCUAAUCCACCAAUUGAAGAGGUUAUUAAAACCGGUAUAGUGCCACGAUUUGUUCAUUUUUUAGAAAACGAAUCACCAGUUCUACAAUUCGAAGCAGCUUGGGCAUUGACCAAUAUUGCAUCUGGUAAUUCUGAACAGACUAAUUGUGUUGUUGAAGCUGGUGCUGUACCCGUAUUGAUUCGAUUGAUAUCAUCAAUUCAUGAAGAUGUUGUUGAACAAGCUGUAUGGGCAUUGGGCAAUAUUGCUGGUGAUUCAUCACGUUGCCGUGAUCUUGUUCUUGGUCAUAACAUCAUGCCACCGUUACUUAAUUUAUUCAGCGAUAAUCUUCGUAUGUCAACCAUGCGUAAUGCUACAUGGACAUUAUCGAAUCUAUGUCGUGGUAAAAAUCCACAUCCAGAAUUUAGUGUUGUCAAACAAUGUAUACCUGUAUUAGCACGAUUGAUAUUCAAUGCCGAUUCCGAUGUACUAGCUGAUGCAUGUUGGACAUUAUCAUUUUUAACUGAUGGUCCUAAUGAAAAGAUUCAAACUGUUAUCGAUUCUGGUGUUUGUCGUCGAGUGGUUGAAUUAUUAUCCAAUACAUCAUCGAAUAUUAUUGCAGCUGCAUUACGCGUUGUCGGUAAUAUUGUUACUGGCUAUGAUGCACAAACACAAGUUAUAAUUAAUGCCAAUGCAUUACCGGCAUUGUUUCAACUAUUAUCUAAUCAAAAAGAUACAAUCGUUAAAGAAGCAUGUUGGACCAUAUCGAAUAUAACCGCCGGUAAUCAAGAACAGAUUCAAGCCGUAAUCAAUGCCAAUAUAAUACCUGCUUUGUGUGAAUUGUUGAAACAUCGUGAUUAUAAAGUACGAAAAGAAGUUGUAUGGGCAAUUACAAAUGCAACUACAGGUGGUUCUACUGAACAGAUUCUUUACAUAUUUGAAGCCGGUGGUGUACGGGCUCUUUGUGAAUUUUUAGAUGUUCACGAUUCUAGAAUGGUAACGGUAGCAUUGAAUGGUAUUGAAAAUAUGUUAAAAGCUGGUGAAACUGUUAAAGAUAAUUCUCUUGGUAAUAAUCCUGUUGCCAUGACUAUCGAACAAUGUGGUGGUCUUGAUAAAAUUGAAUUUUUACAAUCACAUGAAAAUGUUGAAAUUUAUCAAAAAGUCUAUGAAAUUAUUGAAAAAUAUUUUGGCGCCGAUGAUGAAAUCGCUGCACCAAUACAACCAUCUAUGGAAGGUGAUGAAUAUCAAUUCGGUCUAUCGUAUGAAGAUCAAAUUGAAGCAGCAUUUGGCUGGCAAGAUGCUGCCCGACAACAAGAGCUGCAGCAGCAACAACAACAACAACAAAAGGAUUCACCAUUUAAUCAUUAAAUUAUUGAAAAAAAACGAAAAUUCUCUUCACUUAAAAACAUGUGCGUUUGUUGUCGUCAUUGUAACUCAUGUGUGUGUUUUGUGGUGGCCAUGUUAGAAUUUUUUUUGUCUAAAUUCUAAUGAUCUAACUAAAUUAUCUCGAAAAAAAUAAUUAGUUUGCACAAAAAAAAUUCAUAAUUAUAAUAAUAGAAUGAGUGUGUGUGAGGGUAUGAAAUAUGAGUGUGUGUGUGUGUGUGAGAGAGAGAGAGAGAGAGAGAGAGAGAGAGUGAUUAUCAUCAUCAAGCGAUUCAUUAAAUUUUUUUUUCAUCAAGAAUUCAUGAUAAAAUGUGUGUAUGUGUCUGCGUGUGAAAGAGAGUUGUAUGAGAGUUGAAUCCAUCAGUCCAAUCAAAUACACACACACACACACAACAAUUGAAAACAACCUACAAACACACAUUUACAUCAAUCAAUCAUCAACAUCAACAACAUCAAAAAACUAACAAUUCAAACAUACUCUCCCUAUAUACACAUAAGAACAGAUACUCAUUUUUCAAAUGAAAUGAAAACAACAACAACAACAACCGAAUUAUAAAAUACACAUGAUGAUGACGAUGAUGAUGAUAAAUAAUUAGAAACAGCAGCAGCAGCAAUUACAGCUGAACGUGGAUGAAAUUGGUGGAGAAAAAAAUGCCAGAACAGAAACAACCAGAAAGGUAUAGCCCAAUGAUGAUGAACCAAAAAAAAUCGAAUGAUGAAUUUUGUCUGCUCGAAUUAUGAAUUUUUCUCCUUUUUUUCAUCAUCAUCAUCAUCAUUCAUUCAUUAUGGAAAUCAACCGAUUAUUGUGAUCAAUCAUCACUUGAUUUAUAUAAAUUGUAUAAAUGGAAAUCGAUCGGAAUGAAAAAUUUCGAUGUUAAACAACAACAAAAAAAUGACAAAUUUUUUUUCUUACUCAAAUUCUACAUAUGUGAGAUUCCAUUACCACCACCACCACCCAGAAAACUCCUACUACCUACAAUCUUGUUGUUAAAUACAUCAUCAACACACACAGACAAACACAAACAAAAAUAUUGCCAAAAUAACAUUGAAACAACAAACUAAAUUCACAUUUUGAGUGGGUGUUUACAUGUUUAUGGAGUGGGAGUGUGUGUGUGUGUGUGUUCAUCA